GUGAAAUCCCUUGUGCUCCUCUUGCCGUUGGCUCUUGCUGUUUCAGGUAGCUACCAGGCGAUCACGUUCACGUUGACAGCACCAUGCAUCAGGAAUUCAGGUAGUAGUGCGUGGGUGACUAGGCGGGUGGGAUCAAGUACUUCUCCACCCCACGCCACGGCACCAGACUACCAGACACCAGAGCCCACAAGCCGGAUGCCUAUAUAAACCAGGCUGCUCUUACCACAACCGAUUCAUCUUUUCUCCUGAGAAACUGGUCACGCUUGGGUUGAGGGGCAGUGGAGAUAGGAGUGAUCCCGCAGAAAUGGCUCUCGAGGUCGCUGAGAAGGGAGGGGUGUGGCGGCGGUACGCGCCGCACGUCCAGAUGGUCCUGGCGCAGCUGUGCUACACGCUCAUGUACUUCAUCACCGAGGCCGCCUUCAACCGGGGGCUCAACCCCUACGUCUAUGUCACCUACCGGCACCUGCUCGUCGCCGUCCUCAUCUGGCCAUUCGCCUACUACCAUGAGAGGGGGUUGAGGCCCAAAAUGACAUUCAUGCUGUUCAUGGAGAUAUUCGUGCUGUCGCUUCUCGGGGUGAGCUUGACUCUGAACAUGUACUUCGCAAGCCUGAAGUACACGUCCCCAACGUUCGUCACUUCCAUGGUGAACACCAUCGCCUCCAUGACCUUCGUCAUCGCCAUCAUCCUCAGGAUGGAGAUCGUGGACGCCAAGAGCCUCCGAGGGCUCGCCAAGAUCGCAGGGACCGUGGUGUCUUUCGCCGGGGUGACCACCAUGACCCUGUACAAGGGAGCGGCGAUCAAGUGCCUCUGGAAUUCGCCUGUUCACAUCCACGGCGGUGGAGGCGGCGCCGUCGCGCAUGACAGUUGGGUGAAAGGUUCAGUCCUUGCCGUGGCCAGCUGCAUAUGCUGGUCCAUCUGGUACAUCAUGCAGGCAUCAUCUCUGAAGAGGUACCCGGCCCAGCUCUCGCUGACGGCAUGGAUGUGCACGGUUGGGGGGGUACAGUCGACUGUCUUCACGGUGUUCAUGCAGCACAAGCCGGAAGACUGGCUCAUCGGCUUCGGCCUCAAGUUCUGGUGCAUCGUGUACUCGGGACUCGCCUGCAACGGCUUCACGGUCUUCGUCCAGCUGUGGUGCACCGAGAAGAAAGGCCCCGUCUUCGUCACCAUGUUCAACCCCCUGUCGACGAUCAUGGUGGCCAUCCUGGCCUACUUCAUCUUCGGCGAGAACCUAUACGUCGGAAGCAUAAUCGGAGGUGUGGUUGUAAUUCUGGGCCUGUACAUGUUGCUGUGGGGCAAGGAGAAAGACCAAGUGCAUGGCGCGAGCAAAGACCAGGAGCUCGAGCUGGACUGCGAGAAGCAGGCGAGGAAGGCGCGGGACGUCUACGCCGUGCAGCAGAACGGCACCGAAGCUCCCAUGACGGUUGUCUGAAUGUGUGGCAGACGUCUGUCACAUGGAUCAUCGCUGUGCUGUGUAUACCAAAUCCAGUAAUCCGUGAUCCUUUUUCUGAACGAAGGUGAGUCUCUGAUCCUGACGUCGAAUACUCCCUUCGUCCCACAAAGACUGUUCGUUUAGAAAAUUUUAAAUAAGAUAGUAGCAAUACUAAAAGUUCAAAGUA